UUGAUUUGUGCCCGGCCCGACCUCCCCACGAUCGCUAAAUAUAAGAGCCACAGCGCCCCGCCGCCGCCGGUGACGUGCUGUUUGCGUUUGCCUACUACUUCAUGAGGCGGCCUCACUCCUUUCAAGUCCUGACCGCCACCAAGGAUGACAUGAACACUUUGUGCCCAAGCACUGACUGGUCCUGGAAAAGCAUGCCGGCACCCUUCGCUAAGGAUGAAAAGAUCGAAUCCUACGCCCUUCACCCGGACGGACACACCAUAUUUGUGUCUUCGUACAUCAACGACAUCAACCGUGGCACCUUCUCCUUUGACACCAAGACCCGUGAGUGGAGGCGCCAUGGGGAAUGGAUGUUCCCUUUCGUGCUUGAAGGCUACUUCGACGCCGACCUAGAUGCAUGGGUUGGGCUACACCCUGAUGGCUACAUCUGCUCCUGCCAAGUUCCCUCCCUCAGCAAUAGCAGCAGCACAUUGCAGCAGCCCAACUGGAAGAUGGCCAAGGAGCACAGGAUGUGGAACCCAUACCAUCAGUUGGCUAGAGGGCGAGGGCCUACUCUCACCUACAUGGGCAACUCCAGAUUUUUCCUUGUUGAUUGUGUGGCGGCCGAUGGUUUAGAGUUCCAGGAUGCUUUUGGUGACUCUCGUGGCUGCGUGCUCAACAUGACCACGUUUCAUCUCAGGUACGAUAGUGAGGGAAAUCUGCGAAUCAAAGACAGGAACACUACCUCUUGUCGUGUGUCUAAGCAACUCUCGACGUUCUCCCCUGUGGCGUUCUGGAUGUAGCUACAGCAAAGGAAACUGCUCAUGCGUUCUGGAUGUAGCUACAGCAAAGGAAACUGCUCAUGCUGUUUUUAUUUAUUUAGCUGUAUGUCAGCUAUGUUCAUCAUCCUAUCUGUAAAUUACUCCCUCCAUUUUUCUAUAUACAAGGCCACUUUGUAAA